UGUUGGGAUUGCGCAUAUUGAGAAUGAAUAACAUAAAACAUUUUUUUCAAAUGUCAGUAUAAUUAUUCAACUCAGCCGGAACAGUUAAAUGGCAACUGGCCCAGUAACAAAUAAUAAAUCGCUGUUACAAUGCAAUGAUGAAAAAGAUGAAGAAAAAACAGGAAAAAAAUUAACUGUUCUUGAGUCACAUGGUUACUGUCUUGGAAAAACUAUAGGCGCCGGUUCAUAUGCUACUGUGAAAGUUGCUAACUCGGAUCGACAUGCUUGUCAAGUAGCAGUAAAGAUCAUUUCAAAAUUUCAAGCACCCGGCGAAUAUUUAAGAAAAUUUCUGCCACGUGAAAUAGAAGUAGUUAAAGGUUUAAAACAUCCAAAUUUAAUAAGAUUUUUACAAGCGAUUGAAACAACCCAUCGUGUGUAUAUUAUUAUGGAAUAUGCUAAAAAUGGUAGCUUGCUGGACACAAUAAAACGAGAUACGUACAUUGAUGAACUGCGUAGUCGUAGAUGGUUUCGUCAAUUAUUGGAAGCGAUUGAUUAUUGUCACGGACGGGGUAUAGUACAUAGGGAUGUAAAAUGUGAGAAUCUUUUAAUGGAUUCUAAUUUUAAUAUCAAAUUAUCCGAUUUCGGAUUCGCACGAGGACAAAUGAUAUCAAAAAACGGAAUUACGCCACUAAGUGAAACUUUCUGUGGAAGUUAUGCUUACGCGUCGCCUGAAAUAUUAAAGGGAAUCCCCUAUUUGCCUCAAUUAUCUGAUAUAUGGUCCAUGGGCGUAGUACUAUAUGCAAUGGUUUACGGUCGGCUACCAUUUGACGACACAAAUUAUAGUCAACUUCUAAAGCAAGUACAAGGUAGAAUUGUAUUUCCGAAAACGCCAAUGGUGUCUCAAGCUUGUCGUUCCCUUAUUUCUCGUAUACUUGUGCCACAAAGAACACGAUUACGCAUUGAUAAUAUAAGAAACGAUGUAUGGCUUACCGCAUCUUACGUUGCAGCUCAAACUUCUACUACUGAUACAUUUAUGGUAACAUUUUGUAUCAGUUUUGUUCAUCAUUUGAUCGGUACAGAAUAAUUAUUCAAAUUAUUAAAUUUUAUGCAUUAGGAUAUCUCAGAUGCAAAGCCAAAAGAAAAUGGAAUAACAGAAAUUAUAAAGAAUGAAAAAAUAAAUAAACAUAACUGAUGUAAGAGAUCAAAUCAUCGAAACUCAGUUCUCUGAUACAAGUAAAACAAAUUAAAACAACUGUUUAUACUCGAAACAGAUGAUAAAUGUCUAUUACCGCUAAAUAUCAUUUCUUCGAUUUUCUGUAUUUCAUGUAACAUAAAAAUUAUCACAGUAUUAUGGCACCUUUAUUUGUAUUCUUUUUCAGUUUGUUUUCUGUACUUAUAGUAUUAUUUUACAAAGUAUACUAACUAACAGGACCUGCCUAAAUGCAUUAUCUAAGAAAGACAGUACAUAGUACUGCACUCUUUGAAUCACAACAUAGUAUGAUACUUAGCAAUCAUAAGCAAUAUUAUAGUACUUAUCAUAAAAAUACCACUGGCAGUUGCUUUAUGAAUACUCUUGGCAUCAUCUGCAAAUAAAUUUGUUCAUUUUUUAAAUAAUUCAUUGUUAAGAAAUACAAUUUAAAUCAAUAUUUUUUUGUUAUAUAUGAUUAUAAUAUAUUUACCAUUGGUAUCUAUUAUUGGUUCCCAUCCUAAACUCCGAUCAAUAGCCUUUUUCCAUUGCGAAUACAAUAUAUCUUGUUCUGCAUUAAAGAACAUAAUACUUUUUAUAUACCGAAUAAAAGCAAGAGGUUUAAUGAGCUCACCAUUUUCUGUUAUCGACGGUAUAAAUGUAUCGCUUGGUACAGGUCCAUUAAUUUUUACAUCCCAUUUACGUAUGCCAUCUGCGCUUCCUGCAGCUAUUGCAACUCCAAGGGCAGUAGUCUCACACAUCAGUGGCCUGACUUUCUUGUAAAAAUGUUUUUUUUCAUAAUAUAUUUAUUUAAUUCAAUACAAAAAAAUAAUAAUUUCCCUUACCAACUGGAAUUCCACAAAUGUCAGCUUGCAUUUGCAUUAAUAGAUUAUUGUUAGUCAUCGCACCAUCUACUAACAAUUUAGAUAAAGAUA